CACCAAUAAAGUACAAAUAUCAGUGUUGAUCAAAAGUGGUUGCGUGUUGAAGAAUUAAAUAAACAUCAACAAUAAAUUAAUUGUUUUAAUUGAAUUGAUUAAACAAAACAAAAAUAUAACAUCAGAGACAACUUCACCGAAUCAACACCCCGAAGAGGGUGAGACACAAAAGGCCACAAGUCGAACAGAGCUACGCCUAAAAGCCGGGAGAGUAGCACAGCGUUUUCAAGAUGUAUGGAAUGCUAUUGGAAAGUGUUCAGCAUUACGUGCAGGCUGAAUAUGGACCAGACAUCUGGAAGCAAGUAUGUCAAAUUGUUGAUUGCAAACACAGUUCUUUCAAAACCCAUCAGUUGUAUCCUGACCAUCUUAUGCCAGAUCUUGCUUCAGCCCUAUCGGCCUGUACAGGUGAAUCUUUUGACUCAUGCAUGAAUUUCUAUGGAAGAUGCUUUGUAAGAUUUUUCAGCAAUUUUGGAUAUGACAAAAUGAUUCGUGCAACAGGUCGAUUCUUCUGCGAUUUCUUGCAAUCCAUCGACAACAUUCACUUGCAAAUGCGAUUCACUUACCCAAAAAUGAAGAGUCCUUCUAUGCAGCUGACCCAUAUGGACGAGAAAGGAGCCAUGAUUGUAUAUCGAAGUUCCAGGACCGGUUUAUCAAAAUAUCUCAUUGGACAAAUGACAGAAGUUGCCGAGGAAUUCUAUGGAUUGAGGAUAAAGGCUUACGUAACAGAGAGUCAAAAUGACAUCACUGGUGGAACAGCUGGCCCAAUAAAACUCACCGAUACUCCAAAGACAGUUAUUGUCAAAUACAGAAUCGAUUUUGAUAAUGCUGAUUAUAUGGCAACAAGGGUAAAUGUUAUGGCACAUCCGUCCCAAUUAUGCUUGCCACAUGUUGAUUUGAACAUCUUUCUCGAACUUUUUCCCUUUACAUUGGUUCUCAAUCCCCAAAUGGAGAUAACACACGCAGGUGAAAAAGUAAUUGAAAUGUGGAUUCUUCAUAACCCGGGAAAACCUCCAAAAAGCUUCAUUGGUUCCAAAAUAACCGAACACUUCACCUGUCGUCGACCCAAGGGAACACCCUUCGAGUGGCAGGUUAUCCGCCAGAUGAAAACGGUGCUGUUUGAGUUGAUGUUAAUUCGAACGGGAAAGAGCAAGACUGCGGAUCUCCAAGCAGCUGUUUUGAAUGCCGAAUCUGACAUGUAUGACGAACUAUCCCUUCAAGCUUACAACUACAUGAGAGGUGCCGAGGAGGAUGAUGACGAUGAAGAUGAGGCAUCAGGUGACCGAAAAGCUUCACAAGGCACAAGGGGUAUAUUGUUGAAGGGACAGAUGUUCUAUAUCACGGAUAUGGACUCGCUGAUUUACCUUUGCAGUCCACUCAUUGAAAAUCUUGAUGAACUGCAUGGUGUUGGUUUGUAUCUCAAUGAUUUGAAUCCACAUGGCUUGAGCAGGGAAUUAGUAAUGGCCGGUUGGCAGCAUUGUUCGAAGCUGGAAAUAAUGUUUGAAAAAGAAGAACAACGUUCGGAUGAGUUGGAAAAAUCACUUGAAUUAGCUGAUUCUUGGAAACGACAAGGCGAUGAACUUCUCUAUUCGAUGAUACCUCGACCUGUUGCCGAGCGUAUGAGACGUGGUAUUGAUCCAAUGGCAUCUUGUCAAAGUUUUGAGGAGGUUUCUGUUAUAUUCGUGGAAGUUAUGAACGUCUAUUCGAAUUCCAAUAAAAUCCAAGAUGCAAUGUCCGCUGUAAAUACCCUGAAUACGGUCUUCUCUGCAUUUGAUGAGGAAAUAAUUUCACCACUGGUCUACAAAGUGGAAACAGUUGGAAUGGUUUAUAUGGCAGUGAGUGGAGCUCCAGAUAUAAAUCCUUUGCAUGCCCAACAUGCCGCAGAUUUAGCUUUGAGGGUUACGAAGAAAAUAAAAGGUUUGGGUUUGCCGGAGGUUGCCAUAAAAACUGGAAUCCAUUCGGGUCCAGUUGUAGCUGGUGUGGUUGGACUUAAGGUUCCGAGAUAUUGUCUGUUUGGGGAUGCAGUAAAUACAGCAUCUCGGAUGGAAAGCAGUGGCGAGCCCUAUAAAAUUCAAGUUUCCAACUAUACGGCCAGCAAAAUUCGGCCACAUGGAUAUGUUGUGGAGUCCCGCGGAUACGUUAAAGUCAAGGGCAAAGGAGAAAUGGAAACAUUUUGGCUUCUUGCCGGACCUGAUGAUAAUCCGGAGCAGCAACAGUCGCAGCAGCAACCGCAACAAAAUUAGUUUUAUUUUAGUUUAAGUUUUGUAGAAAUAUAAGUUCAAUUGUUUAGGGAAAACAUCAGAUGAUAAUAAAUAAUAUAAAGUCAAUGU